UUUACCUUAUCAGACCUUGAAGGGAGAAGUUGAAGUCCAAGAUGGCUGCUGGAGAGAACGGUGGUCGGGCCCCGUGUUUAAAUUUCCCCUCUCCCGGUCCGCUGGGUAACAGUCAACCGAGUAACAGUACCUAUACUUUGGCAGCAAGUAACGGAGGAUCCAUCGGGGCGACCGGAAGCUCACAGAGCGCGACGAGACGCUCGAAUCCACAGCCAGGGCCUAACGGCUCCGAAAGCAGCGGUGUAGCCUCUGGGCUUCCGCCGAAUAUGCGCAACUCUCUCCCGCAGGCCGUGGCUCAGGGCUCGGUGAUAACGGGGGCGGUCGGGGGGUCAAUGGCGGCCGCAGUGGCGUCGAACAUGAUGGGACCAGCGUCAAAUUCAGUACCGGCCCCUGCGACCCACUCCUCACUUUCUGCCCCUCCGGCUGCAGCAGCGGUUCUGGUUUACCGAGAGCCCGUGUAUAACUGGCAAGCGACAAAAAGUACUGUGAAGGAAAGGUUUGCGUUUCUCUUCAAUAACGAGGUGCUAAGCGACGUGCACUUUCUGGUGGGGAAAGGGAUGGGAGUACAGCGUAUACCUGCUCACAGGUUUGUUUUGGCAGUUGGCAGUGCUGUAUUUGAUGCCAUGUUUAACGGAGGCAUGGCCACCACAUCCACAGAGAUCGAGCUGCCAGAUGUGGAGCCUGCUGCUUUCCUGGCUUUGCUCAAGUUCUUAUACUCCGACGAGGUUCAAAUCGGACCCGAGACUGUGAUGACCACUCUGUACACGGCAAAGAAAUACGCAGUCCCGGCGCUGGAGGCUCACUGUGUGGAGUUCCUGAAGAAGAACCUGCGGGCCGACAAUGCGUUCAUGCUCCUCACACAGGCCAGGCUUUUUGACGAGCCUCAGCUGGCCAGUCUGUGCCUCGAGAACAUUGACAAGAACACAGGUGAUGCUCUGGCUGCUGAAGGCUUCACAGAUAUAGAUCUGGACACGCUUGUAGCCGUGCUGGAGCGGGACACACUCGGGGUACGGGAGAUUCGGUUGUUUGGAGCGGCGGUGCGUUGGGCCGAGGCUGAGGCUCACCGGCAGCAGCUGCAGCCCACACCUGAGAACAAGAGGCGCGUUCUGGGGAAAGCCCUGACCCUCAUCCGCUUCCCUCUAAUGACCAUAGAGGAGUUUGCAGCAGGUCCUGCUCAGUCAGGAAUUCUGACAGACAGGGAGGUGGUCAGUCUGUUCCUCCACUUCACAGUGAACCCCAAACCGCGAGUGGAGUUCAUCGACCGGCCCCGCUGCUGUCUGCGUGGGAAAGAGUGCAGCAUCACGCGCUUCGCCCAGGUGGAGAGCCGCUGGGGAUACAGUGGGACCAGUGAUCGUAUCCGGUUCUGUGUAAACCGCAGGAUAUUUGUUGUGGGUUUUGGACUGUACGGGUCUAUACACGGACCCACAGACUAUCAGGUCAACAUACAGAUCAUUCACACAGACAGUAAUACAAUCCUUGGUCAGAACGACACGGGUUUCAGUUGUGACGGGUCAGCGAGCACCUUCAGGGUCAUGUUCAAAGAGCCGGUGGAGGUUCUGCCCAAUGUAAACUACACAGCCUGCGCCACUCUUAAGGGUCCAGACUCCCACUAUGGCACCAAAGGCAUGCGGAAAGUUACUCACGAGUCCGCAGGCUCCGGCACCAAAACCUGCUUCACCUUCUGCUACGCUGCCGGCAACAACAACGGCACUUCUGUCGAGGAUGGACAGAUCCCCGAGGUCAUCUUCUACACAUAAUGACCAUCCAAUUCUUCUGUAUUCCAGGGGUUUUGGGCUGUGUUACAAAAUAGCUCACUGAUGUACUUCCAGUUUUGUUAACUAGUCUGUAACUGGAAGAGCUGAACUCGGUGAGUAAUCUAGUGGACGGCAGAGAUGUUUAGAGUCGUACACCUUCACCUGCACUUUCUGAAAAAGCUGCACAGAGAUAAUCUGCGUGCUUACUGAUUGAAGCAGCCUAAUUUGUCCAUGUUGAUUUAUAAUAGAACCCAUAGGCUGUGAACUAUUCACCAGCAGACUGACCUCGAGGCUGUUUAACUGGAUCAAGCUGUUACUGAGUUUCCUGUCUUUAACAGCUCUUUCAGCAUCUCUUUAGUAGGGACAAAACUGAGGAAAAACGUUUUCUGGAUUAAUCACAGCUCGGGUUAGGGUUAGGGUUAUGCCAGCAGGGGAAGCGAGAUCAGGAUCGGAAGCAUUUCUAGGAUGCAGGGGAAUUCUGCAAGCUCAGGUUCCCUUAUAUUCUGUGCCAAAAUAUUGUGCUUAGAAUACCUCCUUCACAGCCAGUUAACAACACUCAAUCAUCUUUAAGCCAAGCGUACAGCUCUGUAGUUCAGCGUAGGCCGUUGUGUAAAUUAGCACACGGAAGAGUCCUUCAAAGGUGGAGCAACAGCCCUCUGCUUUUGUCGGACCUGAUGUAUUAAAUCCUCAUCUCAGCGGUCACUCACUUAUCAUAUAAUACAGUGAGUUCUCAUAGGCCAUGGUAAAAAAAAAAAAAAACCAACUGUUUGAAUGGACUGUCGCAUAAUCAGCUGUUAAACCUGUCUACUUGUGUGUUGCAGUGAAAUUUCACAUACAUAAAGAUCCAUGUACAUUUUGGUCAUUCUUUAUUCAUGUCAGUAACAGAAAUGAGGGGAAAAAACAUUUCUUUUUUUUUUUUUGUACAAAUUCAGGCUGGAUUGUGUUAAUUUUUUUAUUUAUUUUAUUUCUGUUACUGACACGAAUAUAGAAUGACCAAAUGCUGUUUAACCGGAUUCUAGUCCACCACCCACUGUCACCUACUACACUGAGCCUCUGUUGCUCAUCCUUAACACAUCUAUAAGAUACCACGUCUAUCCGAUAGCCCAUGUGCGUUUAUUUAAAAAUAAAUAAAUAAACGGACAGGUAUUGUAACACUAAAUCAUUCAUGUAGCUCGACAGGUUCAUGUUUCGAACUGUUACUUUUCUUUUGGUGAGAUUAAAUCAGGGUUUUCAUUUCUAUAUAACCAGCAUCAAACUGUAAAAUACUGACAUCACCUCGUAUGUGUGUACAAUGCUAUUAAAUAAAAAGGUUGUUAAAUGCAAGUGUUAUUCAUUUACUCCGACAGCUAGUGUUGUGUUCAUGAUGACCUGCUCGUGAAUGUAGGGACACAGUGAACCUAAACUGCACAGAAAAGGUUUUUUUUGUUGUUGUUUUUUUUUGGUUGUGUGUGUGAGAGAGAGAUUUGUUUAAUUUCCUAGGUGAAGAUAAAUGUUUGGUUUGGAAGCUGGGCUGAAAGCAGCAUCAUAAAUAAAGCUGGUCUGUAUUUAAAAAGAA